AUGUCUGCUCACACUGCCACCAAUUCGACACCGGCCGUAGAGGGUUUCAUACCAGAUCCGGACAACUCGACCAUGGAUACCGAAGAUUCAUCACGCGAAAUGGGCAUUGGCGGAUGGGUAGGCAAAGAAAAAGAGACCUUUAGCGACACCGGGAGUGCAAGAAGAAGAUUGGUCAUUACGGAAGAAGAUGAGGAGGACGCAACAGCAAGACCGCUGGAAGACAUCCUGGAUUAUUCUACAGAGGAAGCGGAGCAAGAAGACACCAUCAGGGAGACACCCAUGGACAAUUCUACGGAUACAGAGGAUGAACCUACGAAACCCGUCAGCAGGAACAGCAAGAGAAUAAUUCUAAGCAGCCCAGAGGAUGUGACACCAAGGAAGAAGUCAGGCCCAAAGAAGUCUCCAUAUGGUUACAAAAGGACAUUAACCCGAUCACCUGGCCUUAGAACACCAAAGAAGAAUCUAAUGAACACCUACGAUUACACGGAUGGAACAAAAGGAAGGUUAAGCAGUGCUGGUUUUUACGCGGUUCCCAUUGGAUUUGAAAAACAAGAAGUCUUCUUAAAACUAGGGGAAUGGUACGCUAUGCAGGGGAAAUGCAACAAGGAGCAGUCGGUGAAAAACGUCGUUAGACUUACUUACUUGAUGGGAAACAAAGCUUCAAGAUUCAACAUAAGAAACAUUACCGCCGACAGAUACAUCCUGGCCAACGAAUUUUUAAGAUCUCACAACGUUGACGUACAGACGCUCAUCAACUAUAACAAAUGCAUGAAACACUUUUUCGAUUUCUACUUGAACGAUGACUGCAUCAACCUGAAACAAGACGACAGGGGGGAAUACGACAGGGUUAAAGCAAUAAAAUACAAGUUUGGCCUAAUUUUCAAGCAACUAGAGAAAGAAGCAAGAGAUCGACAGAGACAAAAGAAGGCGACCGAACUCAACCCAGCGACACCGUACGAAGUACAGACAGUAUUGAGGGUGGCGAAACCAACAUUCGAGAAGUCCAUGGAGGCAUGCAAACAGAGGGUACUAUCUAAAGUUGAACUCGCGGAAGUUAACAGGUAUAUCGCGGCUUUCGUGUGCCUGGCGCAGGGCAAUUGGCCAUCGAUGGUAACUAAUGUAACAGCAGCAGAGUACCACACCGCAACAAGUCAAGCUCCAAUAGUAAAACAAGGACAAAAAUAUUGGGUGGUGAUGGUGGGGAAACAUAAGACCGCUUUACAAUAUGACGCCAACAUUGUUUUGGAUGAGUACUGGAAGGAGAAAUUUCAAUCUUACAACAAAUAUAUUAGGCAACAAAGAGUGCAGGCAAAGAACACAGAAAACGACAACUUCAUAUUACAACAUGACGGACAGCCAUUUGUUAAGGUAUCGCAUGGACUAACACAACUACAUAGGAAGUACAAAUUGCAUCCAGAAUACACUGCAAACGACGCGAGGAAGAGUUUUGAAACGUACAGCUCGAGGUUUAACAAGGAAUUAAGGAAGGACAUUUCUAACUAUUUGGCUCACUCAGAACACGUGGCGAACACACACUACAGGGCACAGGGACAACACAAGGCGGUAGAGACGACAAUACAAUUGAAAGGGAUGUACCAGUAUUAUACCACACGCGACCGAGAUGACCAUCCACAGGCAUACGAAUUGACGGAAGGCUCAGUAAUAGAAGGAGAAGGAGAAGUCGAACAACAGGAGCCACAAGAAGGGACCAGCACCGGCGGCGAAACAUCGCAAGGAGAUGAGACAGAGGAAACCAACGCAAACAACAUAGCCACACCACCCAGAUAA